GAAAAUGAACUAGCCGUUGGGACUCAAAUUCAAAACCGAUUGGGUCACUCCCCCAGAGUCAGAGACAACCAAUCUAUAGCUUUUUGUUUCCCCCAUCAAAACCCUAGAAAAUAGAAUUGAACUCUCUGUAAACGCUCCUUCUUCUCUCUCUACAACACGGGCUCUUUUUUUUUUCUCUCUCGAAACCCUGAGGAGUCUUCAUUGAUUCAUCAGAUUUGAUUUGAUUGGAUCUGAGUAUUCGUGGUUCGACUCUGAUUCGAGGUUUCUCAGGUAAGCACCAGAUAAGGAAGUAGUAUCAUAAUUGUUGCUGUUUUUGUAAGGAGUUUAUUACUUUAGUCUCUCUUGAGAGAAGAGGCCUUGACUGUACUUUUACAGAGUCUUCUUUGAAGUCUUAACUGUCCAGAACUAUACAUCUACAUAUAGUAAAUAUGACAGUUAGAAAUCCUGUUACACCUUCUUCAAAAAUAGAUAGGACACCAGUAUCCACCCCAGGUGGCCCUAAAGCUAGAGAAGAGAAGAUCGUUGUGACAGUACGGUUAAGGCCUUUAAACAGAAGGGAGCAAUCAACUAAAGACCAAGUGGCAUGGGAGUGUAUUGAUGAUCAAACAAUUGUGUAUAAACCACCACCUCAGGAUCGUUCAGCACAACCAGCCUCAUUUACAUUCGAUAAAGUCUUUGGUCCUGCUUGUCAAACUGAAACUGUUUACGAGGAAGGGGUAAAGAAUGUCGCGUUGUCGGCUUUAAUGGGCAUCAACGCAACCAUAUUUGCGUAUGGGCAAACUAGCAGUGGAAAGACUUUCACAAUGAGAGGAAUUACAGAGAAAGCUGUUCAUGAUAUCUAUAAGCAUAUAAUUAAUACUCCAGAAAGAGAUUUUAGAAUAAGAAUUUCUGGGCUAGAAAUCUACAAUGAGAAUGUUAGAGACCUGUUGAAUUCUGAAUCUGGUCGCAAUCUCAAGCUUUUAGAUGAUCCAGAGAAAGGAACUGUGGUGGAGAAGUUGGUGGAGGAAACAGCAAACAACGAUCAGCAUUUAAAACAUUUAAUCAGUAUUUGUGAGGCCCAAAGGCAAGUGGGUGAAACUGCCCUAAAUGAUACUAGCUCGCGGUCACACCAGAUAAUAAGGCUGACAAUAGAAAGUACUCUCAGAGAAAAUUCAGAUUGUGUGCGGUCUUUCGUUGCAAGCCUGAACUUCGUAGAUCUAGCUGGAAGUGAAAGAGCCUCACAGACAAAUGCCGAGGGUGCUAGGCUUAGGGAAGGCUGCCAUAUUAACCUUAGCUUGAUGACUCUCACAACUGUAAUUAGGAAGCUCAGUGUUGGAAAAAGAAGUGGUCAUAUACCCUACCGAGACUCAAAGCUUACUCGCAUACUGCAGCACUCACUUGGGGGAAAUGCUCGUACUGCCAUCAUAUGCACUUUAAGUCCAGCAUUGAGCCAUGUUGAACAAACGCGGAAUACUCUCUUUUUUGCUACCAGAGCAAAGGAAGUGACAAAUAAUGCACAAGUAAACAUGGUUGUUUCAGACAAGCAACUGGUAAAGCAUUUGCAGAAGGAAGUAGCCAGACUGGAAGCAGAGCUACGUACUCCAGAACCAUCAAACGAAAAAGACGCAAAAAUUCAGCAGAUGGAGAUGGAAAUCGAAGAAUUAAGGCGUCAAAGAGAUCUUGCACAAUCACAAGUGGAUGAGUUGCGUCAAAAGCUUCAGGAUGAUCACCAGGGUUUGAAGCCUUUUGAAUCACCCAGCCCAGUGGUGAAGAAGUGUCUCUCGUUUUCUGGGACAUUAUCACCGAAACUUGAAGGCAAGGAGUCAGGAUAUGGUGAUAGAACAAGAAAUACAAUGGUGAGGCAGUCCAUGAGGCAAUCUUCAACUGCUCCUUUCACACUCAUGCAUGAAAUUCGGAAACUUGAACACCUCCAGGAGCAGCUCGGAGAAGAAGCAAAUCGAGCUCUAGAAGUACUCCAAAAGGAGGUAGCUUGCCAUAGACAGGGUAACCAAGAUGCUGCAGAGACUAUUGCUAAGUUGCAAGCAGAAAUAAGGGAAAUGUGUGCUGUCCGACCUGCGCCAAAAGAAGUUGAAGUUGGAAGUGUGGUUGCUGUUAAUAAGAGUGUUAGUGCAAACCUCAAAGAAGAAAUAACCAGACUUCAUUCACAAGGAAGCACUAUCGAAGGUCUUGAAGAGCAGCUCGAAAAUGUUCAGAAAACUAUAGACAACUUGGUAAUGUCACUUCCUAGCAACAACGAUCAACAAUUUAUUAAUGAGGCAGCUCCAAAGGCCAAGAAUCAAUCGAAGAGGAAGAAGUUGCUUCCUUUAGCUUCAAGCGACAGUGUCAACCGCCAAAAUUUCAUAAGAUCUCCAUGCUCACCCCUAUCAUCUUCUCGGCAAGUGUUAGAGACUGAAAAUAGAGCUCCUGAAUAUGACGAUGUUGUGUCCAAUGAAACUAUACCAGCAUCUGAGAAAGAGACUCCAACAAAGAGUGAAGAAGGUGGAGAUGUUUCAUCAAAGGAAGGUACUCCAUAUCGACGGUCAAGUUCUGUCAACAUGAGGAAAAUGCAAAAGAUGUUUCAGAAUGCAGCAGAGGAGAAUGUAAGAAGCAUAAGGGCAUACGUAACAGAACUUAAAGAACGGGUGGCAAAGCUGCAAUAUCAAAAGCAGCUACUUGUUUGCCAGGUUAUUGAGCUUGAAGACAAUUUAGACAAUGAUGAGAGCAUGCCUGAGAUACAAGAGGAACCUCAAGUUCCAUGGCAUGUGACUUUUAGGGAGCAAAGGCAGCAGAUCAUUGAGUUAUGGGAUUUAUGCCAUGUAUCUAUCAUUCAUAGGACACAAUUCUACCUAUUAUUCAAGGGGGACUCAGCUGAUCAAAUAUACAUGGAAGUUGAACUUAGACGCUUAACUUGGUUGCAGCAGCACCUGGCAGAACUUGGGAAUGCAAGCCCAGCUUGUGUGGGCGGUGAUGAGCCUACAAUCUCUUUGUCAUCAAGUAUUAGAGCGUUGAAGCGCGAAAGGGAGUUCCUUGCCAAAAGGUUAACUACACGUUUGACUGUAGAUGAGAGAGAUGCACUGUACAUAAAAUGGAAUGUGCCACUAGAAGGGAAGCAGAGGAGGAUGCAGUUUAUAAGCAAGCUUUGGACAGAUCCGCAUGAUGCCAAACAUGUACAGGAGAGUGCUGAGAUAGUGGCAAAGCUUGUAGGUUUCUGCGAAGGUGGAAAUAUGUCAAAGGAGAUGUUUGAGCUUAACUUUGUGCUUCCAUCGGAUAAGAGGUCAUGGAUUUUGGGCUGGAAUCCAAUUUCAAACCUUCUUCAUUUGUGAGAAACUGCAAUUUGACUGUAAGUACAUCACAUUUAAUUUCUCGUCUUAAUUAUAUGUAUAUGAAUUUUGGAGUCCCCCUCCAAGAUGUUCAAUUCUUUGAAUUUGGUGUGACUAGCUGAGUGCGCUGAGCAUGAUGAGAUUUUGGAUAUUUCGCUAUUGUAAUUCUCAGUUUUUGAAUAAAAAGAUCUAAUUUAUGUGUUGUUUAAAUUAA